CAAGCCUGCCCCUUCGACCCAACUAGCAAAACCUUUUCCUUGCGCCCUUAGCUAUCUCUCUCGAACGAAGAUGACGAUCAUUUUUGGAUCUAAGAUCUCCAUGUCAUUGUUGUUGGCAGUCCAACUCUCGUUUUGGUUCAUCCCAGAAACCGGAUCCCUAGUCCCGCCGCUCACGCAGAAACAUCCUGGCAACAACGCCACGCUUGAGAAUCCUCCCAAUCUUCCGAGGAAUAAAACCUCGACGCCUACUAAGAACCGUUCCACCCUGAGACCUGUGUCGAAAAAUGCUCCUGCCACCGAGUCGCAUAAGAGCUAUAUAGUCCUGCUCAAUGACCAGGUUGAAGUCUCAGAAUUCGUGUCUGCUUUGAAGAAGAGUUGGGCAUCAGGUAGUGGUUCACCGUUGAAUGAAAACCAAGUAGGCUACGUUUAUCAAGAAGUGGGCUUCAAAGGUUUUAGCGCCCAAUUGGACGACCAAGCCUUUAAAAGCCUCUCGCGAAGUGCUGGGGUCCAGGAAAUUAUCCCCGACACGUUGGUGAGCGUGCAUCCGAUCGAUGAAGUAAUUUCUGAUGCUUUGGCUGUCACCGGUCUUGGGGUCGAACCUUCCCACAACGCGACCGUCAACGCCCAAGGAGUUCCCGACCAUUAUUCUCAAAAGGGAACCGCACCUUGGGGCCUUCAAAGAAUCGACCAGAGGAAAGUGAUCACCACCCAUGGAGCCAACUCUGCUGCGGUCAACUAUGACUAUUAUUACUCUCAGCCGGCUGGCGAAGGUGUUAUCGUUUAUAUCUUGGACACCGGUGCUCGUGAGACUCAUAAUGAUUUUGGGGGUCGUGUCGAGAUGGCUGCCCAAUUCGGUGGAUAUGAUUUGAACGACGGAAAUGGCCAUGGGACUCAUUGCGCUGGUAUCGUUGCUGGAAACCGCUGGGGCGUUGCCAAAAAGGCUCAGGUUAAAGCAAUCAAAGUUCUUGCUGACGAUGGAAGUGGCUCCACUUCUGACGUGAUUGCCGGUGUUCAGUAUACUUUGCAACAAUACAAAGCCUCUGGAUAUCAACCUUCAGUGGUCUCGCUAUCCUUAGGUGGUGACAAAAACUCCGCUUUGGACCGUGCUGUUCAGGCUGCUAUCAACCAAGGGCUUCAUUUUGUAGUCGCCGCCGGAAAUUCGAAUACCGACGCGUGUCUUUCGAGUCCCGCUUCUGUCUCUGGUGCCAAUGUCGUGACUGCCAGUGACAUCAAAGACAAUCGGGCCUCCUACGGCAGCUGGGGAACCUGCGUUGACUUCUUUGCGCCCGGCACAGAUAUUUCCUCCGCUUGGUUCUCGGCUGAUGAUGCCGUCAAAAGAAUGUCCGGAACCAGUAUGGCCACUCCCCACGUGGCUGGUCUGAUAGCUGCUCAUCUUAGUCGACAGAACUACACCACUCAACAGAUGUCCGAUAAGCUCAAACGAGAUGCGACCCAGAAUGUCAUUUACUUAGGUCCUGCCGACUCCGAUCCAAGCUCCACGCCAAAUUUAUUGCUCUACAAUUCGCUUCAAUAAACUGAGGCUUCCCAGUACGAGCUCGCUUAAAUUAUCGUUUGAACCCAAGCCAAGGGUUACCAUGUUUCACCA